AUGGCGGCGGCGGGGGCCGGGGAGGUGCAGCAGCUGCAGGGCCGCUUGGCGGCCUUGGAGGAGCGCGUCUUCGGGGCGCCGGGAGGGCCCGCGGAGGCCAGGAAGAUAGCAGAUGGCUUGGUCAAAGUUCAGGUGGCUUUGGGAAACAUCGCAAGCAAAAGAGAGAGGGUUAAAAUUCUUUACAAAAAAAUUGAAGAUGUCAUAAAAUAUUUGGACCCUCAGUACAUUGACCGCAUGGCUGUUCCAGAUGUCAUGAAGCUGCAGUUCAUCUUGGCAGAAGAGCAAUCCAUCCUGGCUCAAGCGGAGCUCCUGGAGCAGGUGGACAACCUGAAGCCUUACCUGGACAGCGCACACAUGAAAGCUGCUCCUGACCACAUUUCCAGACUCCAGCGCCUCUCUCAAAUCCACAUCCAGCAACAGGACCAGUGCGAAGCUGUGACAGGGAACAUCCGGUUACUCCUGGAAGAUUACAACAGAAUGACGCUGCUCCUGUCAAAGCAGUUUGUCCAGUGGGAUGAAAUGCUAACCCAGCUGGAAGCGGCAAAACAAGUGAAGCCUGUGCCGGAGUGA